AUGGCACAAGAGAAAAGAAUUGUGCAUUAUAGCAGCUCUCAGAAGAUACUCUUGGUGGGUGAGGGAGACUUUUCCUUUGCUGCUUGUUUAGCCACAGCAUUUGACUCUGCUGCCAACAUAGUUGCUACCUCACUCAACUCCAGAGGUUACUUGAGAGGUUCUUUUUCAUCAGAAAGCGAUAAAUCUCAAAUUCUUGCACAUAAGAACUUGGUCAAGGGAUACUUCAUGAGUGCACAUCAAAUGCUGUGUAGCCGUGGACAAAUUCAUGUGACACACAAGACAAAAUUUCCUUUUACAGAGUGGGAAAUAGUGAAUUUGGCAAAGGUGGCUGGGUUAUAUCUGGUUGAAGAAGAAACAUUCUACCCAUGGCAAUAUCCAGGUUACGUAAAUAAACGAGGAGCUGGGAACUGCGAUGAAAGCUUUAGACUUGGAAUGUCUAGCACCUUCAAAUUUGCUAAGUACUAG